AUGAGUUCCUCUUAUGCCUCUUCUUCUUCGGCCUCUUCGUCGGCCUCGUCGUCGGCCUCGUCGCGCUCCCGCGACAGAGAGGAGAGGAGUUCGCAGGGGGCGUGGCUGCCGCUGGCGAUAGGCGCGGCGCUCGGCGCCCUAGCCGUUGGUGCUGCGGGCUGGUUCCUCUCUCAGGACGCGCAGAGCGAACGGGAGAGAGCCGAGUUCGAGCGCGCGCGCCUCGAACGCGAGGAGAGUCCGAAGCUCCGCGAGGCGGCGGCGGGCGAGCGCCAGGAAGCCGCCGCGGAGAGGCCAGACGCAGAGAGCGACGCCAGCACUGGCGAAGACGUGGGGAGUCGCAGCCGCGACGAACAGACCCCGCCCGAGGCCUCGCCGCGGACGAACGCAUCUGCCGCGGAGGGAGGAGGUCAGACGUCGCCGCGCCGCGAGGAGGCAAAAGAUUGA